UAAUACCUUAGGUACAUCACGCCGACCUACCCUACCUCAUAUAUCUACCUCCCAAGAUACCUGUCUGUAUUCUCUCUUCUCAGAAAUACAAUACACUUUCCAAAAGCCCAUACACUUUCGACCAAGAUCAGUGAUAUAUAUAUCCUAAGUACCUACCUAUAUAUAUCAAUUCAAUAAUUCGAUCAUUUUAACCAUGGCCGACAAGCUUUAUAUCUCCGAAACCCCUGAAGAGGUUAAAAACGCCAAGGGCCUCCACCUGAUCACGCAGAAUACUCCAAAUGGGCAAGCCGUACAAAUCCUCCUAGAGGAACUUGCCGAGACAUAUGGCACGUCGUGGACGACUACACUGAUAGAUAUCUCGACCAAUGAGCAAAAGAAAGAAUGGUUUCUGCGAUUGAAUCCCAACGGUCGCAUUCCGGUCUUGGUUGACAACAAUCAGAGCCCCCCUUUCCCUGUCCAUGAGACGUCAGCUGAACUGUGGUAUUUAUUGCAAGCCGCAGACAAGGACCAUAAGUUCGGCUUUGCGGAUGGCCUCGAGAGUAACGAAGCGCUGCAGUGGACUUUCUUCUGGCACGGAUCCGGGGCCCCUUAUCAAGGCCAAGUCAACCACUUCACCAAGGUUGCCCCUGAGAAGAUUGAAUAUGCUAUCAACCGCUUCAGGAACGAGACAUUGAGAGUUUAUGAGGUGCUUGAGAUCAGACUCUCCGGGAAGUACACCGGUGAGCCGAGGGAAUACCUGGCCGGCAAAGGGAAAGGGAAGUAUUCCGUGGCAGACAUUAAGACAUGGCCCUGGGUUAAAGGGUGGGAAAGGAGCGGUUUCACCAAGCAGGAAGUCGAAAAGUUCCCGCAUCUGUUACAGUGGAUUGACCGCAUUGCCCAGCGCUCCGCCGUCCAGAAGGGAAUUGGAGCCAAGUACAUCAAGUCUUAAGCUAUAUAGGAACUUAUUUCAAGCUGGAUAGGAACUACCUAUCAUCCAUUUCAAAAGCCCUAGAUAUUGUCUCAGUCCACUAUUCUCUAGUGCUUAUGUCUCGGAACCGUGCUGGUGAUUGGCGUUAUUAAUAAACAUAUAUCAGGUGGCUGUCGCAUUUAGC